CACUAUUCUUUCUCAUUUUUCGGUUGUCUCCGGCGCUGAAAGCGGCAAAUUCACGAAUUGAUUUUUACCGUUUACAAGCAAUUUUUGUGAGUGGCAUCGUGCACCAAAUACCCCUCUAGUUGAAAACGAAGUUUUGGCGCUGAAAUAUCACACUUCAAGUGAUUUGGUUGACGGAAAAGUGUUCUACGGACUACAUUUUCAAGGCCAUCAAAUUUGACCAAAACAUUUUUACCGCCACGAGCGCCAUUUUUAAGUUCGCCUUCUUUUCCGCAUGAUGCUCGCAAAUCUUGAUGCUGCAGACAUCUUCUAUACCACACGUUAAGUGAAAAUGGUCAAAACAAGGCGGGGUGACAGUACUUUGGAUGAUUCGGAGAUGCCUGGCUUGGAACACGACAGAGCCGAUUCCGACGAAGACGAUGAGCCAAUUUUCUCAAGGAAACGAAGAAGCAAAAGGCACAGGGAAUCUCCAAUUAGAGAAAUCAGCGAGCGUCGAAGAGAACAUUCAAUGAGACCCGUUCGAACAAGCACGCGUUUUGUGCUUUUAGACAAGUGCCACUCAAGCGAGGACUCUGAUGAUGAAAGAAGUCGUGCUGUGGAAGACAUGAACACUGAAGAUUCAUCUCCAAUCAUUCGCCACAAAGGUAAAAGGCAGCGACGCAAAUUGAUCUUAGAGGAACCUAGCUCAGGGGACGAGGUUGCGAUGCCAAGACGACCUCUCAGGAGGAUGAGAGGCCACAAAUACUCGCCAUCGAAGUCUUUUGCCCUUAGAAGCAUCUCAAAUGGAGACUCGGGGCUGCGACGAAGUGGACGAGAGAGAAAAUUGAGAUAUUCGUCUUUCAAUGAUUCCUGGAUACUUGAAGGACAAGAUAGUGGCAGUUACCAUAGGAGAUUGCGCAGAGACAGCUCUGUAGGUCGACGCAUCCUGAGAACUAGAAUGAAAGUUGAAGCUGAUGAUGAUGAGGAGGGAGAAGACAUGGAUGUUGAGGAGGAGCCAACACCUAGGAGGUCCAGCAGGAGAGUUCGCAUCAAAGAUGAUGAUGAUGACGAAGAUGCUGAAGCUGCUGGCAAAGAGCAGAAAGAAAAAGAGGAUGACAAGACAGAGGAAAACAAUGAAACCAAUGAAGAAGAAAAUAAAGAUGAUGAAGAAGAGGACGAUGAAAACAAAGCGGAGGAGGGGGCAAAUGAGGACAUGUACACCAGAGUCAAAAGGCAAAGGAGGGGCACACGCAACAACUGCUUCAACAAAGAGCUGAGGUCCUUGAGACAAUCAAAUCACAUCAUCACAAGUGGAGAUGAGUCUGGAAGUUCCGAUGACAAUCAGAGGCCAUCGUCGCCCAGGAAGGGCUACCAUUUGCGCCAAAGGCGUCCUCCACCUCAGAUUUUCCAAAUUCAAGAGCCCAGCAGGCGAUCCAAGCAUAAAAUGAAUCGGAGUCGCUAUGGAAAAGCCAGCUCAACGUCAUCUUCAUCUUCUUCGGACUCUGACUACAAAAUGAAGAAAGGGCGAAACAGGUGUCUUCCCAUGAACUUCAAAGAAAAGUCAAGAGGGGACAAGAAGAAGAAAACCCUCGCUGAUACUGAUCCCAUGGAAAUUGACCCCAACAUCAGGUUUGACAACGUUGGUGGCCUUGACGAACAUGUCAAAACACUGAAAGAAAUGGUCCUCUUGCCUAUGAUGUAUAGCGAGAUUUAUGACCAAUUUAAAGUCACCCCUCCUAAGGGUGUUCUCUUUCAUGGCCCCCCUGGCACUGGGAAGACACUUCUUGCAAGAGCAUUGGCAAACGAGUGCAGUCAGGGCACUUCCAAGGUCACAUUCUUCAUGAGAAAGGGCGCUGAUUGCCUAAACAAGUGGGUGGGAGAAUCGGAGAGACAAUUACGACAUCUCUUUGAACAGGCCUAUGAGAAAAGACCGUCAAUCAUCUUCUUUGAUGAGCUUGACGGUCUUGCACCUGUGCGUUCUCACAAGCAGGACCAGAUCCACGCUUCGAUUGUGUCCACGCUUCUCGCCCUCAUGGAUGGGCUGAAAGAUAGGAAAGAGAUUAUUGUGAUUGGAGCCACAAAUCGCAUUGAUGCCAUCGAUCAAGCUCUCCGACGACCUGGACGCUUUGACAAAGAACUCCUAUUUUCCCUGCCUGCUGUUAAGGAGCGUGAAGAGAUUUUGAAGAUUCACGUGUCCAAAUGGGAAAAACAGCCACCUCCACCAUUGAUUACUCGUCUCGCAGAAGAGUGUGAUGGCUAUUGCGGUGCUGACCUGAAGGCCCUCUGCUGUGAGGCUGUCUUGCAUAGUGUGAGGAGGCGCUAUCCUCAGAUUUACAAAUCGGAGCAAAAGCUCUUGAUUGAUCCGACGCAAGUGAUGGUGAAGGAGGAAGACUUCUUCAAGGCCAAAUCUGGCAUUAUUCCUGCAUCACAAAGAGUGUCUCGAUGCCCUGGAAGGAAGAUCUCUUCCUUACUGGGGGAUUUACUUGACUCUGAACUGCAUAGGGCUAUCAAAUUUUUGGCUCACCAGUUUCCUCAUGUCAACAUGACUUCAGCCUCUGAAUGCAAGCUGCUCGCAGCAAACGUGCCAAGACCGCGCCUCUUGCUCACCGGCAACAUGCACCAGCCGCAUAGCACCCACAUCGCUCCCGCUAUUCUUCAUCGAAUGGAACACGUGUCUGUUCACUCUUUGGAAAUGAGCAACUUGUUUGGAAGCCCUGGUUUGACUCCUGAGGAAGUCUGCAUCCAGAUGUUCAGGGAAGCCAGCCGCCAGAUUCCUUCUGUGAUCUACUUGCCAAACGUGGACAGAUGGUGGAAUCGCGUGUCUGACACACUCAAAGAUCUGCUGCUGGAAAACCUCAACAGCAUUGCACCAAAAACUGCUACUCUCUUCUUGGCGACCGCCAAUUGCGAGCUCAACAGUGAAGAUAUGCCAGAAGAAAUUGAAAGCUUGUUUAGCACGUUUAGAGAUGAGGUGCUAGAGGUGAAAAAUCCUGGCAGGGAAGAGCGCGUCAAGUUCUUUUCACCCCUCUUUAAGGAAAAGCCUUUUGAGUUGCCCUCUACGGAUGGCCAAGCAGAAAAUGAAUUGGAAGAAGUGCUUCCAUUGGCACCUCCUCCUGAGCCUAAAAAGCUGACUGAAAAGGAAGAGGAAGCGCUGCGAAGAACAGAAGAGCAUUCCUUGCGUGAGUUGCGAAUAUUCCUGCGCCAAACCUUGGACAAGCUGAUGAAACUUAAGAGUUUCUCGAUAUUCAUGAAUCCGGUGGAUGAGGAGGAGGCGCCUGAUUACUAUCAAAUAAUAGAAAACCCCAUGGACAUGAGCACAAUCCGCGAGAAGAUUGACCGGCACGCCUACAACUGCGCUGAGGAUUUCCUGAAAGACAUUGACCUGAUCAGCCAGAACUGUCUAGAGUACAAUUCAGACAGGCAGCUUAGAGCUGUGGCCAACAACUUCAGCGACUCCGCCAAAGCCAUCAUAAAAGCCGAAAUGGACACAGACUUUGAGGAAGAGUGUCAGACUAUAAAUGUUGCGAGGAAGAAGAGAAACUUUGAUCCGCAAAAGUACUUGCUCAACUAUAUCCAUGUUGCCCCUGAGGACAAGAAAAAGACAAACAAGGAAAAGACUGAAUGUGAGACCACAGAAAUUGCUCCUAUUGAGCCAAUUGUGAAUGGGACUGUCGAAAUUAAAACUGAUACUGAAAAUGCAGUUGCUCAGAACAGCCAGUCCACCUCAGAAGUUCGGCAGAAAAAACGGAGGAGCAAGUGGUCAAGUGGAGUGAUACACAGGCCCAGGAAAAAAAGAGCAACUGAGAACAAAGACCUUGAUGAAUCCUCUGUGAGCAUCGACAACUCAUUGCUUGAUUCGUCCUUGACAACGACACCGGUUUCUAAAACCCAGAAGAAAUCCAACUCACCAAUGAGUACUUCUUCCCCUUGCAAGGGUUCACCUGAAUGUCCUGUUAUGAAGGAGACCAUCAAAGUCGUAGACAGCAUUUUGACUGCGACUGAGAAUUCCGAGAGGAUUGCAGAGGACUCAAAGGAACUUAAGGUCAACAAGGUGAAGUUGGACAAGCUUCAUGAGCACACCCUUGAAGUGACUGAUGACCUGCCCUUCGCCCUUCUCCUCGAUUUGCACACCAAGCUCAACAGAGUUGUUGAGUCUUACAUGGACCGCUAUGAUAGGUCAAAUCUUUCCAAUGAUAUGGAGGCUCAAAUCAAGAUUUUUGUGUCGAUGAUAAAGCAAUGAAACUCUGAUACUUUAAUGUACGUCUCAGGAAUGGUUAAAGAUUGAAAACAAAAUGCCUUUGUAAUCGUUUGAUGGAACUGCUAUUUUUCAAUACAAUGAUUUUUGUCAAGAGAUGGUAGAUGAAAGUGAUUUCGCCGCUGAGCCGCCUCGGCGGAUCAUUAGCAACACCUCAAGUGUGAUGGAUUGUUUUCAUCUCGAGCCAUUUACCAACUUUUUUCAUUUGGCGUUGCAUAUAUUAUGUUCAUAAUAAAUUUUAAUUUAUGAUCAUUCUUUCAAAAAUAUCUUAUGUAACAUGUUCAUUUUUUGUACUAAAACGAUGCUUAUUCACCAUCGUCCAUGAAUGAUUUCCUCUCAAUCAAAUGUCAAAUCUUGAAGUUCUUUGAACAUAUAUUGUCACUGCUUGUACAUAAUAUACUCAUCAUGAAGUAUUGUAAUUCUCAUAAGUUCUCACAAUCAAACUAAAAUAGCAGAUUCUAAUAAUUGUAUGUUUUAUACGUUGGUUUCUAAUAAACUUUAAAAAAAAUCAA